AUGAAGCUGUUCAAGACUCUCCCGGCCCUCUUGGGCUUCUCGUCCUUGGCCGUGGCAGCCCCAACGCCAGAAAAGAUUGAGAACAUCGAGGCUCGAUCCCCAGUCAGCGUCCAGCUGGCCUCUGGCACCGUGGUCGGCACCUCCCUAGCGGGCAUCGACACCUUCAACGGAAUCCCCUUCGCCGACCCCCCUGUGGGCAACCUGAGGCUGGCGCCUCCUCGAAAGCUGUCCAAGAACCUGGGCACUUUCACGACCCCCUUGCUUGCUCCCGCCUGCCCUCAGAUGUUCCUCUCCACAGACUCGUCCAACAUUCUCUUCAACCUCCUGGGCAGCUUCCUGCAGCUGCCGUUCCUGCAGACCAUCACCGGUCAGGAAGACUGCCUGAACAUCUCUGUCCAGCGGCCCAAGGGGACCAAGGCGGGGGACAAGUUGCCUGUCGCCUUUUGGAUAUACGGCGGAGGCUUCGAGCUCGGCGCCACCCUCACGUACGACGGCACCAGCCUCCUAUCCUCGGCCGUCGCCCAGGGCCAGCCCUUCAUCUACGUGGCCGUCAACUACCGCGUCGCCGGCUUCGGCUUCCUGGGCGGCGCCGAGAUCCUGCGCAACGGCAGCGCGAACCUCGGGCUGCUGGACCAGCGCAUGGGCCUGCAGUGGGUGGCGGACAACAUCGCGGCCUUUGGCGGCGACCCGGACAAGGUGACCAUCUGGGGCGAGUCCGCGGGCGCCAUGUCCGUCUACGACCAGAUGGUGCUGUACGGCGGCAACGCCACGUACAACGGCAAGCCCCUGUUCCGCGGCGCCAUCAUGAACUCUGGCACGGCCGUGCCCGCCGAGCGCGUCGACUCGCCCAAGGCGCAGGCCAUCUACGACAACGUCGUGAAAAAGGCCGGGUGCAGCGCCUCCGCCGACUCGCUGGCGUGCCUCCGCCAGGUGCCCUACAGCAAGUUCCUCGCCGCCGUCAACGCCGCGCCGGGCAUCCUGUCCUACAGCUCCCUGGGGCUGUCCUACCUGCCGCGCCCGGACGGCGUCGUCCUCCCGGACAGCCCCGAAGCGCUCCUGCAGCAGGGCAGGUACCACGCCGUGCCCAUGAUUGCCGGCGACCAGGAGGACGAGGGCACGCUCUUCUCCAUCUUCCAAAGCGACGUCAACAGCACGCCGAGCCUCGUGACCUGGCUCUCGGAGUACAUGUUUUCCCAGGCGACGCGCGCGCAGCUGACGCAGCUCGUCAACACCUACGACACGGCCAUCUCCAGCGGCAGCCCCUUUCGCACGAGCAUCCUCAACGAGCUCUACCCGGGCUUCAAGCGCACGGCGGCCGUCCUCGGCGACCUGGCCUUUACCCUGACCCGCCGCCUGGUCCUCACCGAAGCCGCGCGCCAGAAUCCCAGCGUGCCCAUCUGGUCAUAUCUCUCGUCGUACGACUACGGGACGCCAUUCCUGGGGACCUUUCACGCGUCGGACAUUUUGCAGGUGUUUUACGGCCUGUUGCCCAACAAUGCCAUGCGGAGCUCAAGGACAUAUAUAUUCAACUUCAUCUACAAUCUCGAUCCGAACGUCGGCGUCAAGGGGUUCGCCAAUUGGCCCAAGUGGACGGCGCAAGGUCGGCAGCUCAUGUGGUUCGAGACGGGGGACGCGAAUAGUUUGCUCAAGGACGACUUUCGGGAUGAUAGUUUUCAGUGGAUUGCGAACAAUUCUGCUGUCUUGAGGGUGUGA